AUGAUUCAGGGCAUCAGAGCUGCACAGCGUCUUGAUUCUCGCGGGAACCCAACCGUCCAGGUGGAAGUAACGACUGCCCAAGGCACAUUCCGCGCCCUGGUUCCAUCCGGAGCCUCAACCGGGACACAUGAGGCUGUCGAGCUACGGGACAAGGAUGGCUCCAAAUAUGGAGGCAAGGGCGUUAGCCAAGCCGUCCACAAUGUGGAGCAGGUCAUUGGCCCAGCUCUUAUUUCAAAGGGUUUUGACCCCAAGACUCAACUCAAGGACAUUGAUGCCUUCAUGAAACAGCUCGAUGGUACGCCCAACAAGUCUCGUCUAGGCUCCAAUGCCAUACUUGGUGUUAGCAUGGCAUGUGCCAGAGCUGGUGCGGCUUCCGCAGGUGUUCCUCUCUAUGACUUCUUACGAACGGAAGCAGCCGUGAAGAAGCCAUACGUGAUGCCUGUUCCAUUUCUCAAUGUCUUGAACGGAGGCGUUCAUUCCGGAAAUACCAUGGCUUUCCAGGAGAUCAUGAUUGCACCCACGGGCGCACAGUCGUUUGAAGAGGCUAUUCGGGUGGCUUCCGAAGUUUACCACACUCUCAAGGGCGUCAUUACAGAAAAGUUCGGACCUCCGGCAACCGGUGUCGGAGAUGAAGGUGGCUUUGCGCCUCCCAUCUCCACCUUAGAAGAGGCUCUUGACCUUCUCACCGCAGCCAUAGACAAAGCAGGCUUCACUGGACGCGUCAAGUUGGCCUGCGACCCCGCGUCUUCCGAGUUCUUUGACUCCGACACGGGGAAUUAUGACUUGGCGUUCAAGAACAAGUCAGCCAAAGAUGUCAGGAGCUCCAAGGAGAUGCAGAAGCUCUACAAGGGCAUCCUUGACAGGUACCCCAUGGUGCUCCUCGAGGAUCCCUUUGCUGAAGACGACUGGCAGAUUUGGACAGAGUUCAACAAGGACUGUCCGGUUGAGCUUGUUGGCGAUGACCUUCUCUGCACAAAUAUCGAGAGGGUCAAGAUGGCGGCCGAAAAGAAGGCGUGCAAUGCGAUGCUACUCAAGGUGAAUCAGAUUGGCACCGUAAGCGAAGCCAUUGAGGCAGCAAACUAUGCGACCAGUCUAGGGUGGGGCGUGUUCGUGUCUCAUCGCUCGGGAGAGACAACCGACGACUUUAUCGCUGAUUUGACAGUUGCACUUCGGACGGGUCAUUUAAAGUCAGGUGCACCAGCACGUGGUGAAAGAGUCGCCAAGUACAAUCGGCUUAUGGACAUUGAAGCUGAGUUGAAGGCAAGAGGGGAGGACGUAAGCUACGCUGGAGAAACCUUUCGAAAAACAAAACCGCACUGA